GAGGCACACACUCAUCGCUCACUAUCAACACCAGUUCUGACCACGCACAAACGUGUUAUCGACGUGGUUUGGUUACUUCUUUUAAAGGAAAUAGGCCGGUUUAAACGCGCUUGUGUGGAUUUGUUUUGCUUUUGUUUUCUUCUCCCGAUGAUGCGCUCCAUCGAAGCUGAAACAUUAUAUUGGGUUCUUCUAAUAAGCUUAUUUAAGAUAAAUACGUAGAUCUCCAACUUGUUUCCUUUAGAGCAUCUUGUGGACUUCCAACAAAAAAUAAAAAAAAAUAAAUAAUAAUAAUAAUAAAAAAAAUCUAAAAAUGAGAGCUCAAAUAGAGGUGAUUCCGUGUAAGAUCUGUGGGGAUAAGUCUUCUGGGAUCCAUUAUGGUGUCAUCACCUGUGAAGGCUGCAAGGGAUUUUUUCGCCGCAGCCAGCAGAACAAUGCCAUGUACUCAUGCUCUCGGCAGAGGAACUGCCUGAUCGACCGCACGAACCGCAACCGCUGCCAGCACUGUCGUCUCCAGAAGUGCCUGGCACUAGGCAUGAGCCGAGAUGCAGUGAAGUUUGGGCGCAUGUCUAAAAAGCAGCGCGACAGCCUGUACGCAGAGGUGCAGCGGCACCAGCAGCUGGCGCAGGAGCCCGAGGAGGCGGCUGAGGACAGCGGAUGCAGCCGCUCAUACGGCAGCAUGGGUUCCAACACCACCCUCAGCAAUCUAGACGACAUCACCACGCUUCCCGACGGCCUGCUCUUUGACCUGCCGCUCACACCAGGCGAGGCAGCUGAAUACUGCACCCUGGAGCUGCUUGAAAGCGGGGCCAGUAGUGGAACAAGCAGUGCAGUGAGCAGCAGCUCAUCCAAUCAGAGCUCUCCAGAGCCUAGCAUUCUGGAUAUUGUGGAAGCAGGCUGUGUAAAGCACGAAUACCAGCUGCUGCCUGAGCCCAGCCUGCUCACACACACCCUGCUGGGGGCGCUAUCCGAUGACUGCUCUCUACUCGACAUAGAGCGGGUAAAUCAGAAUGUGGUGAAAUCACAUUUAGAGACGUGUCAGUACAGCACAGAGGAGCUGAAACGACUCACUUGGAACGUAUAUACGCCCGAGGAGACCCAGUCCUUCCAGCUAAAGUCUGCCGAGUGGAUGUGGCAGCAGUGUGCCAUGCACAUCACCAACGCCAUCCAGUACGUGGUGGAGUUUGCCAAGCGCAUCAGCGGCUUCAUGGACCUCUGCCAGAACGACCAAAUUAUCCUCCUUAAAGCAGGCUGCUUAGAGGUUCUGCUGAUCCGUAUGUGCCGUGCGUACAACUCCACCAACAACACAAUGUUUUUCGACGGCAAGUUUGCCAGCCCUCAGCUUUUUAAAGCACUAGGUUGUGAUGAUCUGGUGAAUGCCAUAUUUGAGUUCGCCAAGAGUCUGUGUCGUCUGCAGCUGAGUGAUGAAGAGAUGGCCCUGUUCAGCGCCGCCAUCUUGCUUUCCCCUGAUCGCCUGUGGUUAACAGAGAGUCAGCAGGUGCAAAAGCUGCAGGAGAAGGUUUAUUUGGCCCUGCAGCACAGUCUGCACAUGGGAGGAGGCGGGCAGGAGAAACUAGACAAGAUGGCGUCCAAGCUGCCGCAGAUGAAGUCCAUCUGCAACCUCCACAUCGACAAGCUGGAGUUUUUCCGGCUGGUUCACCCCGAAACGGCCUACAGCUUCCCUCCUCUCUACAGGGAAGUGUUUGGCAGCGAGAUCAACUUCCCUGACUCUACCGACAGUUAGAGGCGAGGAAAGAGACCAGGGUGUGGAAGAUGUUGCAGAAGAGGAAGAAAAGGUGCAGAGAGAGGAUGUGUGAAAGAGAGGAGGUCAAAGAGGGAGGGAUCUGAAGAAUAGUGGAGGCCUGAGGUGUGAAAACUUUUUAGUGUGGAAAAAGCUGUAAAAGCCUCUUAGCAGCCCAGACAAUCAGGCAUGAUUUUUUUUUUUUGUAUUUUCCGUUUUGUUUUUUGUUCCUUUUUUGUGUUACACUUGUGUACAAAGAAACCACAAAUUAGUACAGGGGCCAACACAACAACACAACACUUCACUUCUCUCUGCACCACAUGACUAACACAUCUUACACUCCUUUUAGCACUUUCAUGUUAUUUAGGAAUAUCUAGUAAAGCAGAGGUUCAUUAUCCCGUCCUCAGGGAUCCUCUGCUGGUACAGAGUUUUGUUCUGGUCCUUUCCUCAAUGCACUUCUACCAGAACAUUCAGGUGCGUUAACAUGUGAGAAUUAACACCCCUUUACGAUGAACUCUGUGGGCGAAUUAACAAAUGAAUGUAUGUCCCUGAAACAGCACUUGCCGUGCGACCGAAUGUACAUACUGUACUGGACUUUGGUUGGCGGAAAUGCUUUACGAAACCCACGUCGGUUUCCACGUGACAAUCGAGAAACUUCUUUGCCCAUAUCUUUGGUAGUACAACAGGACCGACCUCCAUAUGCUGGUAGGGCUGGGCGGUAUGAUGAUAUGAUCUAUUGAUAUUGAUAGCAUGGAGAUGUAUGUGAAGAUACACUUACUAAAUUCCAUACUGAAGACAAAAAGCAUAACUAUAUUACUGUGUAAAAUUUUUAUUUUUUUGUGUGUGUUAAAUUGUACAUCAUAAAGUCAUGUCAUACUGUAAUGCUAGGACUUGGGGAUCGUAUACAUUAAGACGAUACAUUACGAGCCUCUCGGUUCGAUACGUUUGCGUUUUCAAAGUUAGCAGACAAUUCGUCCUGAAAUAACACUUGCAUGUAUAUAAAUAUCAUCACUACAUUUUAUAGACUGCUUAUCCUACAGAGUCUGGAGGCACAAGGUCCAAUGACCUAUGACAGAACACUAUCACACACACACAUUUACACACUACAGAUGAUUUAGAGGUGCAAGUCAGCCUAAAACAGGUGUCUAUGGACUAAGGGAAGAAACCAGAAACCCCCAGGAAACCCUCUCAGGAAACCCCAGGGGUCUCACACAAGGACAUGAACCCCCAUUCAAAAGGGUGAGGCGAACAUGUUAACCACAAAGCCACCAUACCCUUAUUUAAUAAACAUUCAGCCAGUUAGAAAUCUCUGAUUCAACCUGAGCUAAAGAAAUCUCCAGCAUAAUUAAAGAAUUCAUAAACGGAAGUGGAGAAGCAGGAUUCAGAGUGCUAAUGUAGCUAAUGUAGCUAACAGCAGAAUGGGACAGGCCCCAUUAGUAACUCAAACCAGAAGUGGCUGCAUUCAUUAAUGCACAGCUUUCGUUUUUCUUAUUUGCUGUUACAAUUCUGAUAACGAAAUCGCACAAACGCUGUUAUUCCUUCGUUUCAAUUAUUGUACUUUUACAACGUCGAAUGUUUUACCUAAUGGAAAAAGAGAACACUAACGCACAUAUGCACACACAAAAAUGCCUCGCAUCAUGACAUCUCCGUUUUGUGACAUAAUCCCUGGCUAGAACUUCAGACAUCUCAUGAUAUCUCUUGUCUUUUUAUGACAAUUUGAUAAAUAUAUAUAUAAUUUUUUUUUUAAUUUAUCGCCCAACCCUAUAAGCCGGUGUAGUUUAUAACGUGCAAUAAAAACCUGUCACAAAGUAUUACGUCGGACAAAUGAAGCUUAGUCCGAGCUCACACUUCCUCAGGCACGAGUGUUCUGACAGUAUUCUGUGCUGCUCUUAAGUAACUCUUGUUUUUCUUAUUUAAAAACUGCAAUGAGAAACCUCAGUCCCAGCACAUAUGUCCUUGUAAAAAGAAAGUGUAAGAAUUGUGUUUCUUUUCCUUUUCUUUUUCAUGUAUAGAUGUUUUAAAUGAGGAUUCAUAUAAAUAGAUAUGUAUAUGAAGAAAGAAAGAGGCAGGCCUUUAAAGAAAUGAUGAGGCCUGGACUUCCUCUUUGGUGAGGAAGUAGAGAAUGCACACUGGGAACUUUCCCUGAAUCAUGUUACAGCUGUAAUCGGAUGUUCCACCUUAUUCGGAGUAGUUUGGGUUCUGGGUGUUAUGGACUGCUCUACGAUACUUGACACAAAAGACUCUUAUUACGAGUAUGACGUAAUACGUAUGUAUGACGUUCCAGAAGGUCCGAUUUGAUAUUUUUGUUUGUUUGUUUGUUUGUUUUUGUUUUGUUUUUUUUUUGGACCCACUGAUAAAGAAGAAGGAUGUACAGGAACCUGGACGACAUUCAAGAACACUUCUGUCACGGCUGAUGGUUGAAUGAGCAUCUAAAUGAAUGACUUUAUGCUGUUGGAAAUGUUCAGAAAGCUGAUGCGUAGACUAUCACUUCAAAUGAAAAGAUGACUGUCAGUAUGUCACACACACAUACCGUCAGGAUGUGAUGGUACAGGUGUGUUCGCUGUAUUAUUUUGUAAAUCGUGGCUACUUUUUACCCAUGUCGUUGUCCACUUCCUGUUUCUCCACACCUCUUCUUCCUGCUCAUACACUUAAGCAUGCUGAAAGGAAAGCACAGUUAGAAGAGGAAGAGCUUUAGUGUAGGCUUUCCCAUCGAACACUCAGAGAACACUACAAUUAUUCUCCGACAUGCAGCAGAUGUUUUUCAAAUAUUGUUACGUGCACAAUUGGAAGCACAACGUCCCUACGGAAACGCAAGGUGUAAGAAGUAAAGGUGGAGUCGUUUCUGAUCCAGUGUGGGUGAAGUCGCUAGGGCUUUUUGCACUCAGAAAUAUUGAUUGGAGAUCUUGAGUAAACAGAAUACUGGGUUGUUUUGUGUCACCUUGCACACUGUUCAUCCUUUAACAAUUAAUUAAACAAUGUAUCAUAGCUAUACAUAAUCUGAUGUUUCACACUACAUUCCUACAAAUCGGAUUAAAUGUUCUUAUUUGCAUAUUUACAACAUCAGUAAUCAUGAUUGGAUAAAUGCAGCAUGUCUUCUCUUGUGCUUUUGCAUCAGUGAUGGAAAAAAUGCUGACAUUUGAAGGCAGAUCUUUAAGAUUUGGGACUAAAAUAAAAAAAUAAAAAAUAAAAAUAAAAAACUAUUCCGCUGUUCUGCAUUUCGACAAACACUGUUUGUUUUUGUAUUUUAUGGGUAUCCAGCUUAAAGUACAUUUUCACUCAUUUCCUCAAACACUCAGUUAUUUCUGACUGCCAAACUUUUCUGUCCAUAACUAUAUAAAUAAAACUCUCCUCUUCACUCCAAUUGACUCCCACACCAUAAGACUUUUUUCCUUCUGCAACUUUUUUUCCUUCUGCAACUAGUGUUUACACAACACAUUUCUGUAACAGUACAAAGCACAUGAUAUGAUGUUGCUAAACAUCAAGCUGUAACCUUUUACUGUCACAUCAUUUCACACUGUACAAUGCAAAAGUCAUGCUAAACCUGCUUUGGCUUUAAAAACAAGGUUUAGAAGGAUGACAACCCAGGAUUAAAUUCAGUGAAAACUGUUUGAUGUUCUGUGUUAUACAGCAAUGUUAGGGAUCAGGAUCAGAACCAGCUCCACCUCCUAGACUUUUAAUUCUGCAGCGGAGACUUUCUCAAAUUCUGAGCAGCCCAAAGCACUCGAAACGUUAUUACCUACUGAGAAAUGAAUCGUCAAUUGAGCGUCAUUAGCACUAACAGGAGGGUUUGCACAGUGUGGAUAGCUUUAAGCUACGUCGCAAGAUAUCUUGACGUAUCAUUAUUUUGGAUUUCGGUGCAUGCUGUGUCAUCAUUUUUGAGGGUACAUUUACAUCCCAAGCAGAAUAAUCUCACUGGGUGCUUAGUUUACUCUGAUUAUCGGUUGUACAAGGAAAAAAUCUUGUUUUCCAUCCACUUGUUACAAAAACACGCAUCUAUAAAUCACUCAGGGAGCUAGCUGGUCUCUGUUUCCACCAGUCUCCUAGCUUUGCCAACCAGACACAGAAGACACACACACACGCACAUAUAUACACACAGAUAUAAAGGCACCCCAAUUUUUUGCACCGAACAAGAGACCCGUAUCCUCAAUCACUGUGUCCUUUAGCUAGAUAUAUUAUACGGGAUAUAUUUUUGUGAAUGUCAAGCACAAAGUGUCAAAGACCUUUCCUCUUUCUUCUGAUGUUAAACUGGAAGACUUUUACGUCCGAAUUAUAUUAUGUAUAGACUAUUAACUAGUUUUAAAAAUGAUUACAGAUUUAAAAAAAAAAAGAAUCUUAUUCAUUGAUGUAUGUUGUUUUUACUUGCGCUUGUUUCGUUGGACUGUUAGCUGUUUUAUCCAUUUAUAAUUGUGUCUCCAUCAAACCGGUCUUGUUUGUUUUAUGUGGUUUUAACACAAUAGAAAUACCUUAAAAAUUCAUUUAACAUCUGUUGGGUGUUGGAUAAAAAUCUUAUACCAGUUCAUCUCAUUGUAACACCAUGUAAAAAAAGAUGUGCUUUAAAGAAUGUAAUAAAGUGGUUUUUUUCUACUA